AUGGAGGAGGGGACAGAAGCUACCCCGGUGAGUACCACAUGGACGGGGAGAAAUGGUGUAGUUCGGUCUCCCACCAACCAGGAGACACUCUUCCAUCCACCUGAGAUGGGCAGGAAGAAGGGGGGACCUACUUACUAUGCCACUGUGAGGGUCCAUGAUAUCAAAUCUGCAUUUGGCCUUUUUUUCACCCCUGUAAUCAUUGACCUUGUGGUUGAAAACACCAACCUGUAUGGGCACAGAAAUCUGAAGGAGUGGAAAGAGUUAGACGCCACAGAAUUCCAGGCUUUUUUGGGACUCCUUAUUUUGUCUGGACUAUUUCGUUCAAAAGGUGAAUCUACUGCCUCGCUGUGGGGUCCAAAAAAUGGUCGAGCAAUUUUCGGAGCGACUAUGACGAGGAAUAGGUUCCACCAAAUAAUGAACGCAGUGAGAUUCGAUGACAAGGAGCAGCGCCGGGCCCGAUUCAGGGACGACAGACUGGCCCCCAUCAGGUCCCUGUGGGACAUGUGGAGAGUCCGCCUCUCUCUCCUCUAUAAUACGGGCUCAGAUGUCACCAUUGAUGAGCAGCUGGUUCCCUUCAAAGGAAGGUGCAAAUUUAGGCAGUAUAUGCCGAAAAAGCCUGCCAAAUACGGCCUCAAAAUCUGGAUGGCCACAGAUGCCUGCACAUCCUAUGUGUGGAGAUGCUCCAUUUACACAGGAAGGAGUGGAGAUGCUAGGGAGGUGGGGCAGGGAAGAAGAGUUGUUUUGGAGUUACUGGAGGAUGUCAAAGGCAUCACUGUGACCUGCGACAAUUUUUUCACGAGCUUCCAACUUGGACAGGAGCUUCUAAAGAAAAAAAUAGCCUUGGUUGGGACAAUCAGAAAAAAUAAACCCGAGCUCCCACCGAAACUCCUGGACACCAAAGGCAGAGAUGUCCUCUCCUCGGUUUUUGCCUUCACUAGAACCACAAUGGCGGUGAGCUAUGUGCCGAAGAGGGGAAGAAAUGUUGUCCUGAUCAGCACUAAACACAGACAGCCAGUGAUUGCAGAGGGCCCGAAGAGGAAGCCUGAAGUCAUCACCGACUACAACCGCUGCAAGGGCGGCGUUGAUAAUCUUGACAAGGUGUGUUUCAUUUUUAUUUUUGAUCAGUUGUCUUGUGAGCGAUACAUUUGGGUGAUGUAUUUUGAUAAUAUUUGUAUGAAUGUUUUCACUGAUAUGUGCAGCUUUAG